UGAUAAUAAUGAUACUGUCAGGAAACGAGAUAAAAGAAUACAAAGUCUAAAAUAUUUAACUGAUGAGCUUUAUAAACUUGUUAAAGAGGGGAUUAUACCUCAAGUUCUUAGCGCGAUCCAGGAGAUGGAGAACGACCCUAUAUUUCAAGACAUUAUUACUUUUAUACCAGUAGUUGGAACUUCAUACAAACUGAUUUCUUCUGCGACUUAA